CCCGGAAGCAAAUAAUUUAAAGACAAAUAAUCGCGAGUUAACUCCCUGCUGCCAAGGUCGUGAUAAAAAAUAAAUAAGCCUUCAGAGAGAUGGCAACUGCACUGACAACUAAGCUUUUGGGCCAGAUUCGGAUUUCAAGUCGUUUUAUAAGAUCAAGGUUUUUAAGUUAUGAGCUAUUGUUGUAGUUCAUUUAAUAAGCAUUUAAAUUGCUGUUCAGUUUCAGUAGACGAUAGUAACUUCGUGAUUCUAAGUAGCCCACUGUACCACUGCUAAUAACUUAAUAACACUUACCUGUACCUAGUCGACUUAGACUUAGAGUUAGACUUUUAAUUUUAGUACUUAGUCACUACAAACUAACCCUUUCAGGUUCACUAAGUUACUAAGACUUAAUAAGAGUGCACUAAGACUAAUACUUACUAGGCGACCAUUACAAUUUAAAAAAUAAAACAAAGAAGGUUAUCUAUAACUAAUACUAUAACUAGGGGUGUGCCGGAUCCGUUUUUUCCAACCGGAUCCGGAUCCGGUUUUUCUUAUGCGAAAUCCGCCGGAUCCGGAUUCCGGUUUCUCCCGGAUUCCGGAUUUUGGUACUAUUGGUAGAUACUUCGGUAAGUCAAGGUGGACUACUACUUUUUGUGUAUGGGAAUUCGCAAUCGGCGCCAAAAAAUCCGAGUUUUUAAUUUUCCGAUGUGUGUCUAUUUAUUAUUAAAUUAGUACUUUCGAUAUAUAUUUGAGUUCCGUUCCAUUUGGAUAAGUGUCUUACGAGAGACGCCAUGUUUCUACGCGUUCGCAGCAGGUCAUGCAGCUCGCUCAACCUAAUUUCGCCAUGGGGUUGGCCACGCCCCCCUUUUUAAUGGCGGAAGUUGACGAUACUUAGGAAAUAUUAAUUUAUUAUCACUAUUUACAUCAAAAUAAUUGAUAACUUGUGUUUCAGAAUGCAUUUAAAGACAUUUAAACUGGAAUGUUUUAAUUUGAGCUUUAACAACCCGGUAGAAUCCAUAUUAUAAAUGAUCAGAAUUUACCGUGUGCAACACGUUGUCAUUGGCAACCAUUCACAGCCACUUGCAUAACUGUAUCGUAGUACUACCUCAGAGUUUCAUUCAUAAGAGUUUGCCGUGUGCAAAAACUAUUAAACCAUUGGUCAGGGAAAGCUUUAAUUAAUUAUUCAUGUGCCAAAGUUGAAAGUUUAAACUAAGUCUAAACAGUAUUUUAGUGAUAAGGCAGGGAAUGCGUUGCCUUAUAUAAACUAUAUAGUCAUUGCGCAUGACGGGAUUGGUGGAAUGAGAUCACAGAAUGUGGAGAUGCAGUCCAUGUUAAAAAAUGACAAACCAAGUCGUACUUUAAAAAUUCAUAACUUUAAAACUACAACAGCUAAAAAUAUGAUUUUGGUGUUAUAAUUCUUUAAAAAAUUACAUCUUUUCAACUAUGCCAUUGGUUUAUUUUUACAAAAAGUUUAAAUUUUCUUAUCAAAGUCCCUACACUAUUGGCCACUAUUAGCGGUGCUGACUCUAGCCUCUGGUAUGUACGGAAUAUUAAACAUUAAACAAGCUCAACGCUCGAAACAAUCGAUUAAUGUAUCGUGAUCGUGUGAAAUUCGGGAAAGAGAAUUACUUUUAUUUCAGAUUAUGAUCCGGUGAGUCACAAAAUCUGGCAAAUUCCGAAAUCCGGUAUAUUCCGGAUUCCGGAAUCCGGUUGUUCCGGAUACAUGUAAAUCCGGCGGAACCGGAUUUCACCGGAUAGUGCAAAAUCCGGCGGAACCGGAUUCCGGACCGGGGUCCGGCACACCCCUAACUAUAACUACUGCCUUACUUAAGCUUUAAUACUAACACACUUUUAGACUUUUUUAAAGUUAAAUGUCUUAUAAAUAAACAAAAUUGUAUCAUUCAUAUUCAUUAUAAUUCAUAUGUUAUUAAAUUUAAAUGUUAAAAGUAAAAGGUGCGGUUCAGGCUCAGGUGCCUAUAGUUUAAGUUAGUAAUAAGCAUUAUUAAUACUAAUAGUUUAUUAUUUCUGAUGAAAUUUGUUUUUUUCACAUGUAAAAUUGGUAAAUUUACGCAAUCUGCGCUAUGAUGUUCCCACUGCCGCCAUAAGGGCAACCAAAGUGGCGGCCUCGUAAAAAAAACUACACGACUUCUAAAAUGGGGAGGGUAAAGGUGAAAGCGAGAGAGUGGGCUGAUUUAGCUAUUUACUGAGGUCACGAAAAUUUUAAAAUUUAAUUAUAAUUUCAGCCGGUAUAUAAACUUUAUGGUGAACAAAGCUAGUUUAUUGUAUCCCACUCUCCAUUUAGUUGUGUUGUUUUUUUUCUCCCUACAUGCCAGAUUUUUUCAUCUUGAAGCUAAAUCCAACUUUCAAACUGAAGGCUAGUUCACAAAAACAAAACAAGAAAUUAAAUUUAUAUUAAUCCAUACAUCACUGUUGAACUACAAUCCAUGUUUGGCUUGGCCUUCCUCAUCAAGAAUUUUCCAUUCAUCUCGGUCCUGUGCUUUCCUUUCCAGUUGCUUCCAGGUGUAUCCUAUACUUUGUGUGUCUGCCCCUAGCUCUCAUCUCCAUGUAUUCAGACCUUCCAUGUUGGGGAUUAUCUGAUGAUGUUAUCUUGGGGUUUACGAAGAGUGUGGAGGUCUUUUCAUACUUAGGCAGUACCAUUGACAUAAAUGGUGGAUCCAAAGCGGAUGCCAUGGCUAGAAUUGGAAAAACUAGGCCAGCAUUUUUGCUAUCAAAGAAAAUAUGAGAGGCAAAGUAGCUGACUCUGCAAACCAAAGUCAGAAUUUUCAACACAAAUGUCAACAGUCCUAUUCUAUGAAGCUUGGAGAACAACAGGCAAACAUAACCCAUAAAGAACAGACCUUUAUAUACAUUUGCCUUAGAAAGAUACUGAACAACAAAUGGCAAAACAUCAUCAUCACCAACAAAGACUUAAUGGAUAGGACAUACCAGGAGCCUAUUGCUGAAGACAUAAUAAGGAAAAGAUGGAGGUGGAUAGGGCACACUCUUCGCCACUCAGACCUAAAUCAUGUUUUAAAAAAAUGAAACAAGAAGUUAAAUUUGAUCUGUCGCUGGCUACCGACAUCAAAGAGUAAGACUAUCGGUUUCUUCGCGACAUGCACAGUACUUAUACAUGUAACACUAAACAACUCAAAAAGCAAAAUCAAGAUUCAAGGAGAAUAUUCAAGGGAAUUUCAUAUUAGACGAGAGACUCACUGUCUUGUAUGCUCUUUAACCUAACAUUAGAGAGAGUUAUUAGAAACAUACAUAUUGACACUCAAGGAAAGAUAACAGGAUACUUUCUGAGGGAAACUCAAGACCCACAACCAAUGGGCACAUUCUACAACCAACCACUUCAGUAUCUUGCAUAUGCUGAUGACAUAGCACUUCUAGGGAAAAGUAUUAAAGACAUAUCAAAAUCCUUUAUUGAAUUAGAAGACGCAUCUCUACAAGCAGGGCUAGAAGUUAAAAACCAAAAAACAAAAUACAUGACCAUGAUAAGAGAGGAACAAACAUGAAACAAUUAAAAUUAGAAACCAAACUUUUGAAAAAGUGAAUUGUGGCGUGAUGUACGUUGUCUAGAAGUCGGUCCCCUGCGUACUAGCCACAGAACAAUUUUUCAAGGGUCUAGAACCCCUUUAUUUCCAGCUCCUACAGAGCUGACUCUUGCUCCAAGUAUCAACAAACAAUUCAGGGAUUCAGGUUUUCUUAUUUACUGGCUAUGUGUGCCUGACAAUGGAAAACUUUAUUAGAAAUAAGCUCUGGUGUUCAGAAUAAAAAAAACUCCACAUACUAUACAAAACAGUUAAAGUUACACAAGUCCUCUUCCAUCCGUAGAAAAACUCACUGCCUUCACAAGACAAAAAUCAUACACCAUAUCCACAGCACUCGCCACUGUUCACUCCUUAAAAAACUCAUCUCACACACGUGGUUCCUCCCGACACAACACACCGGUCAUACCUUGACCGAGAAAAAUAAAAACUCGUGGGGCACACGGGGAAAAUAAACUCACCCACGAUUGGUCAAAUUAACAUUAUAGAAGUUGACACAGAAAAACUCAUGCGAUCUGACCGUGACAUGAAUCAAUUCAAAUACCUAGGAUCCUUGUUAAAUGAAAGAAACGAAUUACUAACAGAAAUAAAAGAAAGAAUAUCACCCCGAAACAGGGCAUACUUCAGUAGUCAGAAAAUACUCAAAAGUAAAAACAUUACAAGAGAAACAAAGAAAACUAUUUAUAAAACUGUGAUCAGACCAGUUGUAAAAUAUGCAAGUGAAACUUGGACCCUAACAAAAACAGCAGAAAACCUAUUAAACACAUAGGAGAGGAAAAAUCUCAGGAAAAUAUAUGGGCCAACAAAGGAUGAAUAUGGAUGGAGAAUACGAACCAACCAGGAAUUAUACAGUCUAUAUCAGGAUCCCACCAUAGUGGCAGAAAUAAAAAGAGGCAGGCUACGCUGGGCAGGACCCCUAGAGAGAAUGCGAAAUGACAGAGGAACGAAGAGGGUACAUCACCAAUACCCCAGAGGAAAAAGGCUCAAAGGCAGACCUAGGCUUAGGUGGAUAGAUGAUAUUGAAAAAGAUCUACAGCAGCUGAAAGUCCAAGCAUGGAAAAAAAAAGGCAUUAGUUAGGUAUGAGUGGAAGGACGUGGUGAGGCAGGCCAAAGCCCUACAUGGGCUGUAGCGCCACAGGGAUGGAUGGACAGUACUUACCAAUCAAGUUUUUCUAGUCAAUUAGAGAUGUCCAUUUAGAUGGAGGGAAGUGUGAAGAUAAUCAUAGUACCAGGAUGUAGAAACAGUUCGUAGCACAGAUGUAGAAAUAGAUAGUCCUGGGAAGGAAUCUUUAGAGAUACCAUGACUAAUUCAGGGACUAAUAAAAAGGGACUGUUAGCAGGGACUGGAGAGAACUCAGUGGGACAGCAGUAGAGGACAGUCUGGGAGAACUGAGUCAGAAGAGCAGCGGUGCAGAAGACUCACAAUAAAAAUUUAAUUCGCUGCCAUUGCUAGUUGUUCCUGCCUUUAAAAAUAAAGUCAGUUUUCAAGCAUUUUGAAUCGCAGCAGUAAAUGUUAUUUUCUGAUUAAUUUUGUUAGCACAUUACUUGUAUUUGUAUUUUUUUCUUGCAUCUAGAAAUUUAAUUAAACAAAUAAAACAACAAUAAAAUAAAUUGUUAAAUUACUUUAAUUUAAAAAAAAUUAUUGCUGUUUAUACAGGGAAGGGUGGGGGGAAUGUUUAGAAGUUGAGAGGGGAUGCAGCACUGCAAAGGUUUUCAGAAUUCCUGGCCUAGAACAUUGAAUAAAAUCAACCCCCCCCCCCUCCCCCCCAAUCCCCAUAUUUUGACAUAGAGUCUCAUGACUAUCAAUGUCACUAUACUUCGAAUCUUCUCCUCAAGGGUGUCCUGUAACUUGUUCAGCUGCCAUUUCUCUGACCUGGCAUACCUGUACUUAUUCUAUCAGUGAUUGUAGUUUAAAAAUAAAAUAAUUAUCAUUUUUAUAUAAAAGAAUAAUGUUAAAAAUAUCUUCUUUUUUUUUAUGGAUGGCCCCUAAAUCCUUAUUGAAAUGUUAUUUCAAUGUUAAUUUUGUUAUAAUUGAAACAUCUGCACUAUAGCUUAGGCCUAAAUAGGCCAGUGUUGUCUUUUUGCCAAUUUCUUUUGGGGAGAUUUGGUUUCUAUUUUUAAAAUUGCAAAUUUGCUGGGAUCCAUAUUGCCACAAGCCUGGAUGAUGAGAAAAACAAAUUCUAAUUUAAAAUUUAAAUGUAUAGACCUUUCUAAUAAUCUUUAUUUAAAUGCCAGCAAAGAAAUUCCCUACCUUUCACAAUAAUCCUACUUUUUGUUUCUACAACUAUCAGACCAUCCACUGCUUCUAUAUUUAAAGCUUAACUGUCUUAAUUAAUCUAUCUUACCUCUGCCUACUUUAAUUUUUGACUUUAUUAAAUCUCUAACUCGGUCAUUCACUAUCUCUAUAUAUGCCAGUGAAAAAUAUCCUAGCUUUUUUUUUUGUAGCCCCUAAAACCGCGUAAAUUACUUUAAAAAAUUAGACCUUGCUCCUAAGCACAUUUAUGGGCCCUGCCCAAUUUUAUCAUAAUUUUUUUUUAAAUUUCAAGUAGAUUCAACUAAAUUAAAAUUUUUGAACUAUUCUUAAAUCGUAGUAUAGGAUGCAAUUAAAUUUAUUUUGAUCAACUUGAUGAAUAAUUUUUUGUUUGUUAUUUAUUUAAUACAAAAAUUGUUUGAAGUUCAAGUUUUGAAUCUUUUCACUUUCUAUUUCAAUCUGGUUAGCUUUUCCUUUUUUUCAAAAUGGUUUUAUGGCAACUUAAGUGAUUCUGCAUUUAAAAUAUUGUAUGUAACAAUUUUACUUUGAAAACUUUAACCAGGUUUGUUCCGCUUUGACUAGGAACAUCUUGCAUUAGCUAUCUUGACCCAGCCUUUUAUGUAAUUUGUACUGGUUUUUAAUCUCAGUUUGGUUAAAAUGGGGACAGCUUAUUUAGCAGGUCGCACUCUUUUUGGGCUUUUCCCGGCCAAAACAGUUGUCAUUAAUAUCAUGUUUAUCUCAUUACAUUUGUCUUCAUAUUUAAAAAAAAAAAAAUUUAGGGCAAAGUCUAGUGUUACUGUUGCCACAGGUAGCUCUGAAUCUGAGCUGGAAAAAAGAGAUGCUGAAAGGAAAGAUAUCACGAUUACAGUGAAUGAGAAGGUAGGUCUAUGAUUAUCAUUCUGUUUAAGUUUUAGGAAUUACAUCUUGACAAAAAACAGUGUCAUUUUAAUUUUGAAAUUUUAGAUUUUGGGGAGUUUAAAUGCAGGGGUAUUAAUUUGGGGGGAGGGGAGUGGCCUGGUUGUGGUGUCUUCAGGGGGGGGGGGGUAAAUUAAAUUAUAUUAGGGACAUGGUUUAGGUUACGGUUUAUUUAAAAGCAUAUUAGGAAUUCUACAUACUUCUAUUAUGAAUUGAAAAAGUAAUAGCAAGUCUCAUUCAAAUUUCUUUAUAUAAUACAGAUUGAUAUCUCAGCCAUUACUGGAGUUCCAGAUGAGCAUAUUAAAAAACGAAACAGGGGUAUUAAUUUGGGGGGAGGGGAGUGGCCUGGUUGUGGUGUCUUCAGGGGGGGGGGGUAAAUUAAAUUAUAUUAGGGACAUGGUUUAGGUUACGGUUUAUUUAAAAGCAUAUUAGGAAUUCUACAUACUUAUAUUAUGAAUUGAAAAAGUAAUAGCAAGUCUCAUUCAAAUUUCUUUAUAUAAUACAGAUUGAUAUCUCAGCCAUUAGUGGAGUUCCAGAUGAGCAUAUUAAAACACGAACUGUAAGAAUAUUUGUUCCUGCCCGAAAUGCAAUGCAGUCGGGCACAUACAAUACACGAAGGUGGAGGAUGGAAUUUGAUGAACGAGAAAGAUGGGAAAACCCACUUAUGGGUUGGGUUUCAACGUAAGAAGGACAGAGUGAAAUCAGUAUUUUAUUAUUUGGCAAGCCAAAAAAAUAAUCACCUUGCAAUAAAAUCUGUAAAUUUAUUAAAUUGUGUAUGUAUUUUUCCAGUUAAGUAUGUCAAUCUUUAAAUUCAUGCAAUCUAUUAAAUUAUGCUUUCAGUGGUGAUCCUUUGUCAAACACAGAGGUCAACUUUCAGAGCAAAGAAGAUGCUAUCGCAUUUUGUGAAAAAAAUGGUACUCUAGUUAAUGUAAUGCCUUUUGAUUUUAAGUAAAAUGUGAAUGGUUCAGGAAAAAUGAAUUUGAAUAUACAAGUUGAAAUUGCCUUAGCCCACUCCUGCCUGAUGCACUGUUCACAGUCCUCCUGAUUUCCCAAAGGAGCCUGCUUACACCCGCAGCACAAACAAUACACGCUUUGGGCUUUGAAAAUUAACUACCAUACAACUGCUAAAGCUACUGCUACUUUCAGGAGAGAGUCACCCUACUUUUAAUUAAAAAAUUUGAACGUUUUUAAAUAAAUGAAUUUUGCAUUUAAGUUUAAGAUGUGAAAAUUUAUGGGAGUACUAUUGCAGUAAGGGGCCAUCCAUAUCUAACGUAUGCAAAAGUAGUCAAAUUUAAGACACCCUUUAUUCCAUUACCUUUGCCCACCCCCUACCCCCACAUACAUAUAAUGAGCUGUCACCACCUCACCCAAAAAAUCAUCUUUAUUAUUGUCAUAUAGUGCAAUACAAAUAUAAUUCACUUUUUAGUUUAUCUUAAGGCCUAAAAAGAAAAAGGCAGUAAAAUUCAUCUUCAUUACUGCAGCAUGGAAACCUAUUUUUUGGAGAGGUGUGGGGGCAUUUGGGAAGCAAUGCAAUAAAGCAUAUUAAAAUCUUGUAGAGGCUCUCCUUAUCCUUUUUUUUCCACUAGUGCAGCUAUUUCGUUGAGCCAAGGGAAAUAAUUAUGUCACAAAUUACAUCACAUACACUGUAUUACAAUACCAAUAAGUCAUAAUAUAUAAGGGACUGUGUUCAAGUCAUGUAAAGAAAAGAAAUAGUGGAACAAGAUAUGUUACGGCUUGAAAAGAUAUUGGGUGUUUGCAGCAUUUGUCAUAUUUGUACAUAUUUUCUGCCGAUAGCCCCACCCCCUUUUUUUUUUCAUAAGCAAAAUUUUGAAGAUUGAAAACUCCACCUUUUCCCCUCAGCGUGUAGGUAAUAUAAUAUAUAAGUAUUAUAAGGUAAACAAAAUUGGGUGUUAGUUAUAAAUAUUGAAUCUAUUUGUCUGCUAAAAUUUAGACAAUUUUAAUGACAUUAGGGUAUUUGAAAUAUUAGAGACAGCUUAUAGCUACCUAUAUGAAAAGAUAUGAAGCAGUUUAAUACUUACAAAUCUUAAUGACUAUCUCAUUGACUUUAGGAUAAUAUAUAAUUUGAAAAUCUCAGCUUGCUUUUGAGUAUCUUUGCAAAACAGUUGUCAGAAUUCAACAAUUUGAUUACUUCACUAUUUUGUUUUAAAAAUUCUUAGUUUAAAAGGACAUCUAUAAUAUUUUUAAUGUAAUUUUUUUUCCUAGGCUGGAAUUGGUUUGUUGAAGAUGAAAAGAAACCAAAGAUGCUAAGGAAGUCGUAUGGUGCUAACUUCUCAUGGAAUAAAAGAACCAGAGUAUCCACAAAGUAGUUUAUAAAAUGACGUUUUAGUUAUGAAGUUAAAUAAUUAUGUACAGGAUGUGAGAGAUUUAUCUAAUUUUGUAUUUAGACAAAUCGAAAUCUUAAGUUACUGCAUGGUUCUUUCAGUGAUUUGCUUUAAGUUUUUGACCUGAUAAGUCUUAUAGUUUUGGGAAAUACUGUUCCACUGACACUUAUGAUAAAAGGAAUUAGCUAAGCUUACAAAUGGUAAUAAAAUAAAGAUGUUGCUUGUAUUUUUCUUUUAAAAUUGACUUCGUUGCAAUUUUUUUUUAAAACUGUUGUACAUCAGUACUUCUUUAUGUGUUGAGACUUAAAAGUACAUCAGGCCUGCCAAGAUACACUAACACCAAAGUUUAAAAUGUAUCCACCAGUUUAAUUUAAAUUCCUUCAUCACCCACACUGGAGCUGCUUACCUGGGUUUCAAAUGUGACAACCAGUUGGUAGAAAGUCUUCAUUUUAAGAAGUAGAAAGUAAAGACAACCUCAGAGGGUGAUCGCACAUUAGGUGAAUGUAAAAUAGAAUAACUUGGGCUUAUUUGAAAUAGGUUUUGUGAUCUUUUAAAACUGAUAGUUACGAAACAUAAAGCAUCAGUUCUGUUUUUGCUUAAAAUGAUUUCAUUUAAUCAUGGAAUUGAAAGCGUUUAAUAAAUAGUUGAUUCUCUUUAAGACAUUUGAAGCUCAUAUUUUAACCUAUUUUCUAGGUUAAUAUGACUUUGCAUUGAGUUAUGUUAGCCUGGUGUACAAAUAGCUAAGAUGAUUGGUUCAAUGAGUUGUUAAAUUAUGUGGAAACCAUUUCACUACUUUAAAUAAAAUCACUGUAAACAACAGUUUUUGUUAAUAUUAUUUAUUACAAGUCUUAAUUACUCUUAUCUCUUAUAAAAAUGCACAUAUAAGAAAGCAUGAUUUAUAUCUGACAUUAUUUUUAAAUUUGUUAUUUUUAGUGUUUCUAAAUGACUAAAACCAGUUAAAAAUGAAAUACUAUUAAUAAUUAAAAACAAUCUAUUAAACAAGCUUGAUCAGUGACAUUAUUUUUUGUUGGUAUGAAAUUUAAUAACUUUUCAAUGUUAAAAAAAUUACUUAUUUCUUAUUUAAAAUUUUAAGUUAAAAAAAAUAAAUUACAAAGAGAAAAUCUGAAUUGAAAUCAAGUAUUUUCUUUUAAGAAUAGUGCUCAUUAAAAAGAUUCAACCAAAUAGUCAUAAGUAGUAAAGGCUGGUCUCUGAAUUAGAGAGUUAUCUAAGUUGCAUGAAAAAAAAAUUAAGCUGCGAUGACGCACUACGAUUUUGUAACACUUUAAUUUACACAUAUUCAUUUGUUCAUUUCUUUUUAAAGCUGUUCUAUAAAUAGUCAUUACACAAAAAAAAUACUGCCAUUUAGUUCAUUAUGUGUAGCAAACAUCAAUAUACUGGUAGAUCACCUGAAAAAUUUAACGCAACAUUGCUUUGUUAAAAAAAUGGCAUCAUUCAAGACAACUAAAUUAUAGUCAUGGUAAACAUUUCUUAUAGCUUAUCAAUAUUCUAGCGUUCUGUGAAGAAUAAAGUUGCUUUACCAUUAGUGAUAUUUGUCUUCACAUUUUUUAUACAAUACUGCAUUUUUACCCCAGAGAAAUGGAAAUGUCAAUACAUAAAAAAAUUUCUUUUACAAAUGUGUAUGUAUAGAGAGAUAAGUUAUCAAUUACAAUAUAAAACGUAUAGAUAAAACAUGGAUUACACGUUUAGCUCAGCAAUAAGGACCAAAGAGUAAUUUUUGAAACAAUAUGAGAAUACUAUACUAUGUUUAAAAUUAACGCUUGGAUAAUAAUUCAUAAUUUUAAAACUUUAACUUCAUAAAUUUAAAGCUGACAAAGGUAUUUUCUGAGGACUGAGAAAUAAAUAAUUUUAUCAAAGAUAGCACUGCAUCAGACUAUUUUCUUUACCAUAUAAACGAGUAUAUAUUACCAUUGCUUAAUUUAUGCAAAGUAGGUUUAUUGUUUUUAUGUUAAAUAAAUAGCAGACACACAAGUUUUAUCUAAAACUACAUAACAAGACAAUUUUUGUUCUCUUACUUAUCAGUUCUGCCCACAGUACAUGUUACCCUGAAGUAUGUAUAACUAUUAAAUCGGAUAUUGCUCAAAAUUUAUUUUAUAAGUACCGGUAAUAAUUUUGCAUAUGAUCAAAACCGCGUCCUUUUAUUUGGUGUUCUUUUUAAUUUUUUUUUUUUUUACAUGUUUAAAUAAAUUACAUUGAAGCUUAAUUAAUCUUCAAUUGAAUGUACAAGUUGCUUUGUUUUUCUUUUAUUAAAGAAAAUAUUAAGAUGGUGACAAGAUGUUAUUUUGUGCUUCUUGGUUUCUCUCAAUAUUUUCAAUCAACAAAUGAGAGAAGUUGAAAUACAUUAGAUACCAAUGCCAUUUGUGGGACAUUACAUCAUGCAACAAGAGAGUUAAAAUUGUUACAAACCUCUGGCACAGACAAUACAAAAAGGGAUACAAACCUACAACAUUCAAAUGUCUAGCAGUAAACCAGCUCAACAUACAUGAAUAACAUAACAUUAUAUAAUUUAAGGUUAGAGUAAUUCAUGUAUGAUGUAACCAUUAAGGGCGGAAAUAUGUGAGUGGUGUGUGGUCAGAGAAAGAGAAACUGUAUUGGGUGGGAGGAGUCAUCUCAACACAUUUACUUAUGCCAGAAUUAUCUCCAUCAUAGAAUCUUAACACACUGUCAUAAUUUUUCUUAAAAUGCAAAUUUAUCUUAGUGAUACCCAAUCCAUCCAAAGUUUUGUUUGCAACUAAUACAAAGCCAAGCUGGUAGUCAUGUGCUAUUUUUUACAUCAGCGGUUCUCAACCUGUGGGUCGCGACCCCUUUGGGGGUCGAAUGGUCUUUUCACAGGGGACGCCUAAGACCAUCGGAAAAAACAUAUACUCUACCUUUAUAAGUAGCAACGUAAAUAAUUUUGAGGUUGGGGGGUCGCCACAACAUGAGGAGCUGUAUUAAAGGGUCGUUACAUGGUUCUGGAUGAAAUGCUAAGUAAUCAGAUUAUUGCAACAACAAAAAAUUUCUUUAUAUCAGUAUUUUUUUAAAAAAUAAAAUAUUUUCAAAAUAUUUCCUUUUUUCCCAUUUACCUGGAAUGGAUAACAAUAAAAGAUUAUAAAUGUUUACCCUUUUUCAAGGAUAUGAAAGUAGCAUUUUUAAUUUACAUUGAAAAAGUUUAAAUUCCAAGAAAAUAACGUUUUUUUUCCAUAUUACUGAUCAAAAGUAAGAUAUUCUACAAGAAAUAAAGGUUUUAGGUAGGGGCUAAAAUUAUUUUUUGGGAGGUGUAGAGAGCUCAUUUGUACAUACCUAAAAUAUGAAGGAUGUAUGUGGCGGAGUAGUUUGAAAAAACAUGUUAUUUAUUAACAUAUUAACUUGAACACACUAUAUAUAUAUAUAUUAUUUAUAUAUUAUUCACAUAAAUGUUAACACACUAUUAAACUGUACAAUACAAAUUUUUCUUUAAAAAAUAAUUAAUUGUAUUAGUUUUGGUCAAGCUCAUAAACUAAAAAGCAAUUUAUAAACGUUUUCAAACUUGAAGAAGAGAAAAAUGAUACAAAAUGUUAAAGAAUCCACACAAAAAAUCUGAUACAAAAUUGUUUUUUGAAUAAUCAAGAACAUAACUUCUUUUGAAAACAACAUCUACGAAAAGGAGCCAAGCAAGAAUGACUUUCAAACUUUGAUAUCCAGAAAUAUUCAAAAAGGUCUGCUUUAUUGAAAAUUUAAAUCAUUUUAAUUAAUUCUCUUCAUAUCUAUAUUAUUUACCUUACUGCACUGCAAAAUUUGGUUUAAGGAUGUUAUAUUUAUAACAUUUUAUUCAAAAAUUUUCAUCUAUAUUUAACGAUAACAUAAAUAAUUUUCUUUUUGUAAUCUUUGUUUAAAUGUUUUAACAUAAUUGUAUUUUGUAUCCAAAAAGCAGCCCCACAGAAACAGGUUGUUUAACACAUUUACCACUUUAUUAUUGGUACGGCACAAACAAAUAGGCGUUUAGUGUGGUUAUAAUUAGAUCAGAUUUUAAACUGGGUACAAUCAUUUCUAAAUCACAAUUGUUUAAAAUGUUGUCAAGUAUUAGAGAAUUCUUGGAGUAACCAUCAAUUAAAAAAAUUACUCUAACAGCUUUAUUUUUAUAUAAUUUAAAGCUGCGUUCACAAUGAGGCAAUUUUGGCUG